AUAACUGGCACAAAUGGGACGGAAGCAAGGGGUCGUAAUUGCACGAAAAGUGGCGCGGCUUCUGCGUUCACUCAAACUUCCAAAUGCAUCAGACGUACCAUCUGAGCUUAUAGAUAUGGUCGCUGGACUAAAUCGGCCGGUGGAGAAACUGGCAAGGAUUCUGCGACUUUCGCCAUUCUCGGUUUGGCUUGCGCUGUCAGCAAUGAUGGUCAGCGCGAUAGUGGCGGUCAGCUGGGUCGUGACGGCGCUGGUGCUGGUGCUGCUACGACGCCCGGCGGAGGUAGCAAGCGACCGCGCGAAGGCCUCCGCCACUGCUACCGAUGGCCAGGGCGACGACGAAACCGAGGACGCAACCGGCUCUGACGUGGAUGCCGACGCCAACGCGCCCGAUGCAGUGAUCUCAGCCCCAGCUCCCGUACUGCCAGGGCUUCGCCGCGUCGGCGGCCCAGCCGCCUCCACCGCCACCACCACAGCGGCCGCGCCUGCCGCCAAGCCGCGCCCGCUGCUGGCGCCGCUGUGCAGCGGCCCGCAGGCGGCGGAGGUGGGGCGGCUGGUGGGCUACUACGCCACAGCCAUACCCGCCACACCCGCAGAGGCGGCGCGCAACACGGCGGCGGCGUUCGGGCUGGCGGGCCUGGACGCGGAGGCGCUGGGGCGGAUGGUGGAGGGCGCGGUGGCGGCGGUGGCGGCGGCCGGAGCCAACAGCGGCAGCGGCGGAGGCAGCACCACUGGUGGGGAGGCGGGGGCUGCUGCGGGCGGCGACGCGGACGGCGUGGAGGCUCUGGGGCGCAUGGUGCUUGAGUCGCACGCGGCGCGCUACGCCCACGCCGAGCUGCAGGCACGCCGAGCAGAGGAGCAGCAGCAGCAGCAGCAGCAGCCGCGGGGGCCAGCGGCAACGGCAACGGCCGCAGCGGCCACGCCGGCGGAGGUGAUGGCUCGCGCCGGGGCCUACACGCGGCCGCAGGUGUUGCAGGCGGUGGCUCGCCGCAUGCGCCUGGAGCUGCUCAUACCGCCGCAGCCGCUGGCGCCGGCGCCCGCCAGCAGCCCCGAGGGCGCGCGGCAGGCGCGGGAGGCGGCGGCGGCGGCCGAGGCGGCGGCGCGGCGGGCGGCGGGCGGCGGCGCGCUGCUGCGGCUGCUGUGGGCUGCCAACCUGACCGACCCGGGCAUGAGCUGGGGCGGCUUCUGUGUGUAUGCGGGCCUGGCGCAGCGCAUGGGGCUGGUGGAUUGAGGCGGUGGGGCGGUGGGGCGGCGUUGCGCUGGGGAGCCUGUGUGUGUGAUAGUCAAUGAAAGCAGUGGAGGAGUAAUGCAGUGCCAUGAUUGGAUGCCUACGUGGCGGCGUUUGGUGUAGGAAAAAAGCGGAAGUGCGCCUGACUACCUGGAUGGUGCAGCGCUGCAGCGGUGACCGAAACUCGGGGGCAUUGCGUUUCCGGGCCCCUCCCGGCUGCCGGUGGUUGAUGAGCCCGCCCACCUACAGUGCCAGCUGGUGCACGCCAUGCGGCAAGGGAAAGAGAAUGCCAGAGCAAUAGGAAAGGACGCGCGGGAUGAAGCACCUCACCCGCCCUGGGCGCGUGGCGCAAUAAAGCGGGGCGUUCGCUGGGGCCGUGCUGACGUAUGGACCGACGUGGUGCUGUGACUGUGGGCUUGGAGGGGGGUUGCGGGACAGCGUGUGGGGCCGCAUGCAGGAUGCCCAGACGUGCCGUACUGACAUGGACUGGUGGUGCGUGGAUGUCACAUGUGGACAGCGUAACAGCCGCAUACGUGCAACAUUCUGU